UUUGCGAAAUAUAUGCGUAUUCAAUUGCACCAAACAAUGCCAAGCUUCCAACUUGACAGAGCUUACUCUAUCUUUUUUGCCAAGUUACCAUCUAUUGUUUUGCUUGCGAAUGAAAAACGAAACCUAAAAUUAUCACAGCAUGUAUUCACCCUGCAACUAAUAAACCAACGCUCCCUGGCGCAUCCCGAAACGAACGUGAGCGCAAUGCAGCGGCUGCACAAAGCAAGCACCCCCAGAAAGGCUGAAUCGAAGCUGAAUUUUCUAUUUUUCGAACUAUUUUUCCAAAUUUUUAUCCUUCUCUAGAGAAUGUAUCUUCGAUCACGGUGACGUACUAAAACAGUUUGAUUUUGAUGUAUUUCCUCAGUCUCCUCCGCCAGCGCCAAAAACCCCGAAGAGCGUCUCCGACAAGAAGCGAUUCUUCGAGAAUGCGAUGGAAGAUCAGACCAAGCAGACGCCCAAACCUGAAAAAGUAUUCUCAUUCCUCUCGCAAGACGAAGUCGAAAAGCUGAAACAGGAAGAGGAGCGCAAAAUUGCCACCCUCGGUCGGAGGCACAUCCAGGAGCGGGCCUACGAACAGGACGACGAGUACGGUUCCGGCGAGGAGGAGCAGGAGCUUCGCGGCCGUUACACGAAAGCCGACGAAAACGAUAACGAUAUGAGUAGACAACACGAGAACAUUCACGAUUCACCACCACCGCCGACGACUCCGACGAUGCAAGACGAGGAGGAGCAGCAGCAGCAGCACCACUACCAUCAACAGCAGCAGUCCCAUGAAAGCCGGAUUCCGGUGAUGCUAAACCGAACGCAGAUGGCAAUGCCCACCCCACCCUCGAAGCCGAUCACCCCGAUCAGCCGGAUUCCGAUACGGACGGCCAACGCGGAGAAACGGGCCCGGGCCAACGAUAUGCUCCCGCCGGAGUACGACGAGUCCAAGCUGAGCCCGUCGGAGAUUCGGGCGUUGAGAGCGCAAAAGCGUGCCGCUUGGCGACAAGCUCGUCUCAAAUCGCUGGAAAACGACGCCCUGCAGGCACAAAUCAUGAUCCAAACCAUGAACGCAGCCACCUUGCACGAGGACGCCUCGGGUAAUCCAACAGUGCUCCACCUACGAUCGGAUCAUGAUAACGAUCACUACCAUCACCAUCACCACCUCCAGCAGCAACAGCACUAUCCGACCAUCGCGGAGCACACCGUUAGCAGCAGUGACGAACAGUCAUCCCUGUCGACGCAAAUCGACGGCAGUGAGUAUCAUUACCAUCAUCCACCACCGCCACUAGUAUCGCCGAAACCGAUUCGCUUCCCGCGGAUAGCGGUCAAGUCGAAAGACACCGGCAACGAGCGGGUCGUUCGCGAGACGGAGAAAGUCGUCGAGGAGAAGGUGAUCCAGCAGCGCACGGAGGAACUUCCGGACGGAGGGGUGCGGACCGUCGAGUACGUCGAGAAGGUCAUCGAGACGGAGGUGGAAACUAUGCGCGAAAAGAUAAUCAUGCUCGAACUGGAAGAACCCUCGUCAGGUAGUAGUGAUCGUCAGAAAGCUCCCACGCUGCCUCAACAACUACAGUCUCCCGACUACGACGACUCCACGGAAGCGGCGGAUGUUUCCCUGGAGGACGAUGACCACCCGGACGGAAGGGUUCCCGAUGAGGAUGAUCAGGACAACCUAAGCGAUCAAGAAGAACAAGGCGAGGAAGUCAACCCCCUGCAAACGAUCGUCGAAGUGGUAAAUCCUGCCCUCAGCGGUGGUGACGGUCAAAUCAACGAUAUCAUCAUCGGGCGGUACAACGACGACUGCGCGGAAGACUCGUUUGCUUCAGCGUCUUCGCCGUCGACGUUCAGUGCCGGUGUCGGCCAUUACUCGUACGAGGAGGGUCGGUAUGAAUCGAUCAACGACAAGAUGAAGAACGUCCUGCGCGAGCUGAAGCAGAAUGAGAAGGUGAGACUGAAUCUUUCCAAGAGUAUGACGGAGGAAGAGUUGGCCGAGCAGGAAGGUGAUGAGGAGGACGAGGAAUAUCAGCAAGAGUAUGAGGAUGCUUAUCAUGAGGUGCAACAGGAGGAAGCACAUCCGGACGAUGACGAAGACGAAGAGUUCCGCCAUUACGAGGAGAAAACCGGUGCAAUCGGAACGGUCUUCAUGGUGCGCGAGCGACUGAUCAAUGAUUUCUACACGCAUCAAAGUGAGCUGGCGGAGCAGGAGCAUCAUCAACAGGUGCAGGUGCAAGUGCAGCAACAGCAACGGCUGGACUACUACGAUGGGUGCGAAGUGAUACAAAACCCCGCCGCGCAAGCCUUCGAAGAGGAGCUGGAAAAGAUGCAGAGUCUCAGCAAGCUGCAGAAGAUGACGCUGCACGACGAGAAGCUGAAGGCCGUAUUCUGCGAUGACGACGAAGACGACGAUGAGGAUGAGGAAGCGACGGGCAGUUGCUCGCUCGGCGAGGUAAGUUGUGCCACGACGGAACGAAAGAACAGUUCGGCAGGUGCGAGUCAGGAGAAACCGAGUGGCAUUCCCAUUGCUGGUACCAAUGGGAGUGGCAGCUCGAAGCGGAAAAAGCGAAAGAGCAAGAAGAAGAAGUGAGGGGUCUUCUUUUGAAGGGUUCGCCGAGUUCCAUCCGUCCUAGAUCACAAAAAGAAAAACGUAAUCGCGAAGCGAUUCGGAAGAAUUAGUUUAUAUUUCCCCAGUAUGAUUUAAAAACUGAAAGGUUUAUGAAAACGUUUUAACUACUUUUUUUAACUUCUCAUAUCGAGAAAGCGACGGUAUUUUAAAAUGCGAAAUGAACUAUUCCAUUAUGAUUAUUCCUUUAUUAGUUUCUGGAUUUUUAUCAGUCGAUAUUCGAGAGUUAUGCGACAAUAAUAAGCAAUUUAUUUGAAUAAUAUGAAUAGAUUUUAUGGAAGUCUAAUACAUAAACUACGUAAUAUUUAUUUAGCGCUACUGCAAUCGGCUCGUUUUCGUUAUCAUUCGAAAAUCGGUGGAGUCGCCUCGAAUCACUCCAGAGUAGAUAGUAAGUAAACGUGAAGCAGUCAAAAAAUGUAAGGGGCAUCAAUCAGUCAGCGGAAGGAUCGAACGAUCGACUUUUUUCUUGCUGCAGAUCUGAUGCAGUUUUCUUAGAGUAAGUCUAUCUACUAAAAUAUACAGA